UCGCGUUUUCUUCUCCACACGCCCUCCCUCUCCGCAAGAGAAGAGAAGAGAGGACGAGAGAUCCCCAGUCCCCACCAAGGCCAAGCCAGCCAUGGCCCGCUCCUCCUCACAGUCCCAGUCCUCCGUCGGUGGCGCCGCCGGCUCCCGCCCCGCCACCGUCGGGCCCCGCGGCACGCCCGCCGCCGCCGCCGGCAUGCGCCGCCGCCGCGCCACCGCGUCCGGCGGAGGAGGGGGCUUCUCUGGCGGCGGUGGCAGCAACAUGCUGCGCUUCUACACCGACGAGGCGCCGGGCCUGCGCCUCUCCCCCACCAUGGUGCUCGUCAUGUCGCUCUGCUUCAUCGGCUUCGUCACCGCCCUCCACGUCUUCGGCAAGCUCUACCGCUCCCGCACCGCCGCCGCCGCCGCCUCAUCCGCAUGAUCCCAUCCCGCCGACUCCUUCCUCUUUCUUCCUCAGAACAGAUCAGAUCAGAUCAGACGGUUUUGAUGUAUGACGACCAAGUUGUUGUGUUGCUAGCUUUGCUUGAUCCUUCCUUCCCGAGUUAGAUCUGGAGAUGAAACACUGCAAGUUUAUGGUGCCCUUUCUGUUUAUUUCUCACUUUUUGCUCCCUGAUGCAAAGAAUUAUGCCUAGUUACUGAAGUUCUGCUUGUGAAAUCAAUUCAUGUCAUGUGUCUCAUGGGGAUUGGCCAAUUUUUGCA